GCGGAUGUAGCAGCAGCAGUCUACAGUACAUUGGCAACCAUGUAGCGCCGAGAGCAGAAAUAUCCUCUCCAGACGAGCUAAAUAAUCAUGUCCUCGUGUUCAUUGGUGUCGUCAUAACGUAAUGGUGGACCAAAAUGUGUUUGUGAAGAUAUCUGGACGCUCGGACGGAAACUGCGAGGCGAGGGAGUCGAGUGUGAAACCGAAGCCUGUUAACACACACUGUCUUCCUUCGCCUGGACGUUAGUGAGGAGACACUGGGCUGCUCCUCCGAUUUAUUAGCCCACCUCGGCGUGUUAUCAGCCCUUUAAAUGAGUCCGCUUGUGCGGCUAAGCGUGCUGGAGACUCGGGGAAAGGGCGUGUGACGCUAACGGAUACCCCGGGUUUGUAGUUUGCACCAGGUCUGGCUAUCCGCGUUACCGCCCCGUUUUUUCCUCUCGUGUAACGCAGGCAGCACGGCCGGUUGGAGGCUGGAGACACAGUUUCAGGGGUUUGGACUAUAACAUAAAGCUGCCCACACCAUGGGGAAUACAACCUCCUGCUGCGUGUCCUCGAGCCCCAAACACCGGAGGAACAACCACUCCAGGCUCGAGCCCUACCGGCCGGAGCCGGAGCUGAGCCGGGAGGACACGGGCUGCAACCUCCAGCACAUCAGCGACAGAGAAAAUCUAGACGAUCUGCCGAUGGAGUACAAUCCCUCAGAUCAUCCCCGGGCCAGCACCAUCUUCCUCAGCAAGUCACAGACUGACGUUGCAGUGCCGAACAAGAGAGUUCGAGAAAAGCGGAAGAGCCUUUACAUCAACCAUUUCACACACAUUUCGGAGAACAAGCAUCAUCCAGGCCCAGUGAGACGGAAGUACAGCUCCUGUUCCACCAUAUUCCUCGACGACAGCACUGUCAGUCAGCCCAACCUCAAAUACACCAUCAAAUGUGUAGCCCUCGCAAUAUACUACCACAUAAAGAACAGAGACACCGAUGGAAGAAUGUUGCUAGAUAUUUUCGAUGAGAAACUGCACCCGCUCUCGAAGUCUGAAAUUCCUCCUGAUUAUGACAAACACGACCCUGAGCAGAAGCAGAUCUACCGCUUCGUCAGGACGCUGUUCAGCGCCGCACAGCUCACCGCCGAGUGUGCCAUUGUCACGUUGGUGUAUUUGGAGAGGCUCUUGACGUACGCUGAGAUCGACAUCUGCCCUGCCAACUGGAAGCGUAUCGUGCUAGGAGCAAUCCUCCUGGCAUCUAAGGUGUGGGACGACCAGGCGGUCUGGAACGUGGACUACUGCCAAAUUCUCAAGGAUAUCACUGUGGAGGACAUGAAUGAGCUGGAGCGUCAGUUCCUGGAGCUGCUGCAGUUCAACAUCAACGUGCCGUCCAGCGUCUACGCCAAGUAUUACUUCGACCUGCGCUCCCUGGCUGAGGCCAACAACCUAAGCUUCCCUCUGGAGCCCCUCAGCAGAGACAAGGCCCAGAAACUAGAGGCCAUCUCACGGUUGUGUGACGACAAAUACAAGGACUUGAGGAAACAAGCGAAGAAGCGGUCAGUGAGCGCAGACAACCUGACGGUGGUGCGGUGGUGUCCGGCCAUCAUUUCCUAACACUGCCUGCAGCACGGAGACAGACCUGUCAGACAUACUGUACUGUAAUUCUGCCUGGUAAGCGGGCACACCAGGUGGGCAGCAGUCCUGUGGAUCAGCACACACACACAUACACACAUAUACACACAAGCGGGCACUUUUACAAGUGUGAUUGCACCCUCUCUGGUUGUACAUAAAAGAAGUCCCACUGGCUGCCUGCACUGAACCAAACAGAGCUGAGCUGAACCAAACUGAAGUGUGUGAGUGAACGUCUUGUGAAUGCAGAAGAGCAGGCCGAACUGCAGAAGAAGAAACGCAGCUGGCAACAUGAGAGACUGUGUGAAGUUGGGGAAAAAAAUAGGAACAAGCUUAAUGCGAGAAGCGACAGACGGUAGCGACAACAGCGUUCCACACUUCCCUCUUAGGCUCCGCUGGCUUGUACGGUCGAUCGAGGGAAGCCGUGUACAUUCCUUUAAUUUUUAACCUUCUGGCUCAGUCACUUUCUUAGCUGAAGCAUGAGAUGAUUUUUUUGACAGCUUACAGGCACAUUUGAAUUUUUAAAAUGCUCAAAUCCUCGAUUUGUUUCAGUGUUUUGUUGGUGUUUAUCUGUUCCUUUGCAUUCCCAUACAGCAGAAAGCUCUGCCGGCAGAUCCAAGUGAAGACGUGUACAUUCCACCGCUACCUUGAGUGUACAGUUCGAUUCGACUGGACCACAUAUCGUCGCAUCCAUUUACACUGUAGCCAUUUAAUUGAAGUUUUCAUUCGGAGAGCUAAUAUUGAAAAAGCAAGUCGGUGUUUAGCUCAGGGGCGCUUUGGCAGGACCUGGGAAUUAAACGUGUACUAUGUUCUCACAGCGAGGCCAUCCAGCCGCCGUUCAGACACUCACUUAAAGCAAUAUCCAUGCAUCGCUCUGUUGUUGUGAUCGAAUACGAUGAAGCAUGCAUACUUGGGAGAAGACUCGACUGGAAGACAGUGGUCCACUACUCUCAGUCAGACGUGAGACAUACUGUAGAGCUUUUGUUGUACUUAAUUCACUGCCAUUGUCCUGACCUGUGGUGCCUGUAAUAAGCUACGUUAACACCUCUCCCCUUUCUACUGGAGGAAUAGAACAAAUAACUGAAGUAUUUUUUUUUCCUUUAACAUUUUUGUAUGGUUCUUCCAGCUUACAAAGAAACAGCACAAAUGGAACAUUGACAUUUAGGUGCCACUAAACGCAUGACUCUUCAGGGUUGUUUUGUGUUGUUCUGGAGAGGAGCGGAACGAAUGAGGAAGCAUUAAAGUGACGAUUCAAACACUGCUCACGAAAAGAUCGAUUGUAUACAUUUUGCUAAAUUGUCUCUGUACAGUGUAAAUACAGCGCAGGUGUGCAGAUCUGUAGACUGAGGUCGUACUGUAAAAAAACAAAAAACAAAACAGAAUGAUGUUAGAAUAUUUAUAUUGGGUCAGUUUUUACUGUACAUGACGGGGAUGGUAAAUAUGUCGGAUUCUUGUUCUUAUGACAAAUCAAGUAAAGACAAAGUAUUAAGAUUUAAAAUGGGAGACACCACUUAAGAGUUUUUGUCUGUUCUCUUGUUACGAUGUUUUCACACUGCAGAAAAUGCCAAGUUUUUUUAUGUGUUACAUACUGUAUAUGGUAUAUAGAUAAUACGAGACAAUUCAGGCUUGUUUUAUUAUUUGUUGUCAUUUUUAAAUUUUUUACCCCACUCUAUGGAAGCAUUGCCAGAUUCAUGUGUUCAACGAUGCCUGUGUUUAUACGGAGCCUCGUAACUGGGAAAUUAUAGGAAAAGGUGAUCAGACAAGUCAAAAAUACAUCAAUGAAUAUUUUUGUUGAUGAAAUAAUUAAAAUUGAGCUUUUGGAAAAACCUUUAAAGCUUUGACAGUUUCCUUCAAUUGAUGAAGUAGAUUAAAAUUUAAUUUGGUUUUGGUUGUGGCACACAUUCAGUCAGUUAAAUGUUCCAGUUUUACCAGCAUCUCUCUUAUAAUGGUGGUCUAUUGGGAAAUUGCUGCUUAAGUACUGCAAGAGGCUACUGGGACAAACUGGCAGCAUGGCUGAGUAGCAGCUGGGUAUCAAGCUCUCUUAAUUCAUUCAUGGUUUAGCUACCUAGCUACACAGUUGUUUAGAUUGCUCAACUGAUCAAUCCAUAGACUGAUAAUAAAGAUGGACAAUGUUUCUCCACUUUGCGAAAAUGAAGCCAAAGUAUUCCUGAUAUGGGCGCUGCCAUCUUGUGCUGGUGACGUCAUUUGGAGCCAGAGUAUGCGCAGCAGCAAUCGGGAUGUGGAGCCACGGUAUCAAGUUAAAAAUUAAAAAUUGAAUUUCCCCUCGGGGAUUAAAAGUUCCUGCCACACACCCAUCUGACCCAAUCGCAAGCGGCGCCAUUGAUUGGGAACACACCGGUUGGCACGCACAGCUGUCAAUCAUGACGUCACACCCCCUUUUCAUUGCAUCAGAGAACUAGUUGAAACCAAACUUGAGAAAAAGGAACACUUCAACAUACAUUAGCAUAAUAAGAACUACCUAAAAUGACAGAAAACAUCUUUGCGAAAAAUAUUUGACUUGUACCUCGACUUAUUAGUUUGGCCCAUGUCCCAUUCCCUCACAUGCAGGGGGCAGGGUUUAUGAUCUAUACUGCAGCCAGCCACCAGGGGGCGAUUGAGAUGUUUUGGCUUCACUUUUGGGGAGCUGUCACGUCGUCCCUCUCUAUAUACAGUCACUGGAUCUUACACACACGGGCACAAGCAUAUAAAUGCUGGACCAGUCACAUGCUGUGGACAUACACAGUCAAGAACAUCUUCUUUUCUGCAUCAUGAAAAUAAAAUACAGUGAAAUAAGUGGGAGAUGUUGUGUAGAGAAAAUAGAGAGCAGAAAAAUGAUUAAAUGUAUGCCGAGACCAAACAACUGGAAAAUGAUUUGGCGAAAGAUAAAUAAAGUUUCAAUCAACUGAGGUUAGAAGAAAGUCCUCAAACUUUAUAUUUCUUUUUAUCUAACUAACAAUACUACUGUAUUUUUGACUUUUCUGAUAUCCUUUUACAAAGUUUUGUCAGUUUUGGGGCUCCACACUUGUUGCAUUUACCGGAAAUCAGUGAAACUAUCAUAAGCAUUUUUCUCAUGAACAAAUCACCUCCUGAUUUGCUCCUUUCUCGACAUUUCUCAAAUCAGAAAAAGGAAAAUGUACAGGGAUGUAGUUGAAAGUAAACCUAUAAAAUCACUGAGUUUAAUUGGUUUAAUUCAUUCUAGCAAGUUGAUGUAUUAUUCACACUUCGACGGGUUGAUAAAAGUGUGAAGUAAUGCUUUGAUUAUAUAAACUUUAUAAGUGGUUGUUUGGCUUAUGAUCAACUGGACUCACAUUUCCUCUGUUACAUAAUUAAAAAUGAGGCACAAACGUAGAUUUUUAAAAGCAUUUUUCUAUAUAACACAGAAGUUAAGAUGAAGGUCCAAAUUCAGACGUAACAUCAAUGUACCCUCUUUCUAGCCGAGCUUAUUUUUCGCUGACUUCUGUUGUCUGUCGAGCUACUAGAGAAUCAACCCGUCAGUAAGUUAAGUGAGAUUUCCGACCGCGAGCAGCAGGUGUGAGAAGGGACAGAACCGUACCAAAGUCAUGGAGAAAUGAAGGACGAUCCUGUUGGACGUGUCGCUCUGAGCCAGCCCUCUUGCACAUGAAGUAUAUGAACAGGUGUUGGGACUUGGGAAAGAGAGCUGUUGUUUUGUAUGGUGCUUUGAAUGAGUGAAAAAAUAAAGUGCAAAACGUGUCUGUAGGAAAGUAACGUUACUGGAGUUGCUGUUGUGAGUUCAAACUGUUAGAGGUAAUCAAAGAUUGUAUAUCCUAUUUAUUGUAUGUGUGUGCAUACAGUCCAGUCUGGCGUUCUCUAGACGCAGAUGUGAGCGUUGAUGCCAUGUGGUCGACGAUGGGGAGUCCUGAGGUGGAACAUUUGCUCCGACAGCAAAGACCGUGGGCCUGUGGCGUUCUGUCGGCUGGUUACUAGGUGUGUCAUAGCCUUGUGCACUGAACUCUACCUCUGCAUAGAGUUUUACUUUUCUCAACUUUUCUUCCUCUCUUCAACGACACUUUUUUGGAUUUCACACAUUCAGCUUCAAUCAUGACGACUCCCCCGUGCUAACAAACGUCAACUGCUGUAGCUGUGACCUUUUUUUUGUUGUUGUUGUUUUUCAUUGAUUGAUAUUUUCUACAUGUGCUGUGUUCUGUUGUUGUUGUUGUUAUUGUCAGCGUGUUAUUUUCUUUUCAGUGAAUCAUUCUGUUCCCGUUCUCGGUUUGCCAAACUCACAUCUGUUCUCUCUUUUUCUCUCUGUUCUCUAUGAUUUGAAGAUCUGCUCCCAAUUCUUCUCUUACGAAGCAAUGUUUAGAAAAAUCUGUGCAAGAAUUAAACUUUAAAACCUUGCAGCAAA